AUUUUUUCAUACAUUAUUUACUCAUCAUUGAAUGAUACUCUCUGUGAACCAGAAACAACCAAAUGAAAAAAAUUAUCACAUCAUGUGCUAAGAUGCCAGUUCUCUCUCUUUUCUCCCUCUUCCUCUUUCUCACCUAUGCAAACUCACAGUCUCACUCUCUUCUGUAUGAUCAAGAACAUGCAGUGCUAUUGAAGAUUAAGCAAUACCUGCAAAACCCAUCAUUUCUCAAUCAUUGGAUUCCAUCAAACUCUUCUCAUUGUUCUUGGCCAGAGAUCUCAUGCACCAAUGAUUCUGUCACUAAACUGGCUAUGAUCAACACCAACAUCACUCAAACACUACCACCUUUCCUAUGUGACCUCAAAAACCUCAUACACAUUGAUUUUCAAUGGAAUUGCAUUCCUAGCGAGUUCCCAACAUCUCUCUACAACUGCUCCAAGCUUGAGUACCUUGACCUCUCACAGAACUACUUUGUUGGUAAAAUUCCUUAUGACAUUGACCGCUUGGCUAGGCUAAGUUUUCUUAACCUUGGUGGCAACAACUUUUCUGGUGAUAUUCCAGCCAAUAUUGGGAGGUUGAAGGAACUAACAAGUCUUCAACUUCAUCAGUGUCUUUUCAAUGGUACCUUCCUUGCUGAUAUUGGCAAUUUGUCCAACCUUGAAACCUUGUAUAUGUUCUCAAACAGCAUGCUCCCUCCCACAAAGUUGCCAUCAAGCUUGACCCAAUUGAACAAAUUGAAGGUCUUUUAUAUGUAUGGCUCCAACUUGGCAGGGGAAAUCCCUGAAGCCAUUGGAGAAAUGGUGGCAUUGGAGCAGUUGGAUUUAUCAGGAAACGGCUUGAGUGGACAAAUUCCCAACGGUUUGUUCAUGCUGAAAAAUCUGAGCAUACUAUAUCUUUACAAUAACAACCUUUCUGGGGAGAUACCUGGAAUGGUUGAAGCAUUCAACUUAACAAGGCUUGAUCUUUCACAUAAUAGUCUUAGUGGGAAAAUACCUGAUGAUUUGGGAAAGCUCAAUAAGUUGACAUACUUCGGUUUGUCUAUGAAUCAGUUAUCUGGGAAGGUACCAAAAAGCAUUGGUCAGUUGCCAGCUCUGACUGAUUUUGUUGUUUUUCUCAACAAUUUGUCAGGUACUCUACCUCAAGACUUUGGUAGGUUCUCAAAUCUUGAAACCUUUCAAGUUGCAUCAAAUAGUUUCACAGGAAGGCUUCCACAGAACUUGUGCUAUUAUGGAAGGUUAGUUGGUUUAACUGCAUAUGACAAUUACCUGAGUGGAGAGUUGCCAGAAUCUCUAGGAAGUUGCAAUAGCUUGCAAUAUCUGAGAGUUGACAACAAUGAGCUUUCUGGCAAAAUUCCUAGUGGUUUAUGGACAUCUAUGAAUUUGUCAACAUUUAUGAUAAAUGAUAACAAGUUCACUGGUGAGCUUCCUGAAAGAUUGUCCUUGAAUCUUUCAGUCCUGGCCAUAAGUUACAAUCAGUUUUCUGGUAGAAUUCCUCGUGGAGUGUCUUCUUGGAAGAAUGUUGUGGUGUUCAAUGCCAGUAACAACCUCUUCAAUGGAAGUAUUCCACUAGAGCUAACAUCUCUUCCCCAGCUAACAACUCUUCUGCUUGAUCAUAACCAGCUUACAGGGCCACUUCCAUCACAUAUAAUAUCAUGGAAGUCCUUAAUAACUCUAAAUUUGAGCCACAAUCAACUUUCUGGAGAAAUCCCAGAUGCAAUUUCUCUGUUACACGCUCUCAACAUAUUGGAUUUGUCAGAAAAUGAAAUCUCUGGCCAAAUUCCACUUCAGCUGGCCCUGAAGGGACUCACGAACAUCAAUCUUUCCUCUAAUCACUUGACAGGAAGGAUUCCUAUUGAAUUUGAAAACCUCGUGUAUGCCAACAGCUUUUUGAACAAUUCUGAUCUCUGUGCUGAUACCCUGGCACUAAACCUUACCUUGUGCAAUUCUAGGCCUCGAAGGGCAAGGAACGGCUCAUCUGCAUCUCAUGCUAUGAUCACAACCCUGGUUGUAGUAUCCUCCUUACUGGCUUUCUUGUCAUCAUUCUUGAUGAUUAGAGUUUACAGAAAAAGGAAGCAAGAUUUGAAAAGGUCAUGGAAACUGACUUCCUUUCAGAGGCUGAGUUUCACAAAAUCAAACAUUGUGUCAUCAAUGACAGAACACAAUAUUAUAGGCCGUGGUGGGUAUGGGGCAGUAUAUCGUGUUGCUGUUGAUGGUUUAGGCUAUGUUGCCGUGAAAAAGAUAUGGAGUAGCAGGAAGUUAGAGCAGAAUCUUGUCAAUUCUUUUCUAGCAGAAGUUGAAAUACUGAGCAAUAUUCGUCAUACUAACAUUGUAAAGUUGCUGUGUUGUAUCUCCCGUGAGGAUUCUUUGCUCCUUGUCUAUGAAUAUAUGGAAAACCACAGCCUUGAUAGGUGGCUGCACAAGAAAGGUAAGGCAUCAGCUAUGUCAAAUUCAGUGCUUGAUUGGCCAAAGAGAUUGCAUAUAGCUAUUGGAGCUGCACAAGGUUUGUGCUACAUGCAUCAUGACUGCUUACCGCCGGUUGUUCAUCGAGAUGUGAAAACAAGUAACAUUCUGUUGGAUUCUCAAUUCAAUGCAAAAGUUGCUGAUUUUGGUCUGGCCAAGAUGUUGAUCAAGCCAGAAGAACUUGCUACCAUGUCAGCUGUGGCUGGUACAUUUGGCUACAUUGCUCCAGAAUAUGCUCAAACAACGCGUGUUAAUGAGAAGAUAGAUGUCUAUAGCUUUGGAGUUAUUCUAUUGGAACUGACAACUGGAAAAGAAGCUAAUCAUGGAGAUGAAUAUUCAUCCCUUGCUGAAUGGGCAUGGCGCCACAUUCAGGUAGGAAGCGAUAUAGAAGAUAUUCUGGAUGAAGAAAUUAAGGAAGCUUGUUACACGGAUGAAAUGCGCAACAUCUUCAAACUUGGAGUCAUGUGCACUUCAACACUGCCAGCUAGUAGACCUUCCAUGAAGGAGGUCCUGAAAGUAUUGCACCGCUGCAGUGAUCCACUUGCCAAUGGAGAGAAGAACAUUGGUUUCUACGAUGCUGUUCCACUUCUUAAGAACUCAAAAUGGGAAAAGCAGGUGGAAUAUUACACUGAUGAUGAUUGAUGAUAGCUAGAUAGUUUGCAUCCCAGUUUAAGUGUGCUAUAUGAUCCUACCUGAUAACAAUACAGAAAGGUUACAAACUUUAACGAAAGGUCUAGUCUUGAUAGGCUGAGUUAGAGCAGGGGAUUACUUGUAAAAGUGCUUUGCAAAAUGAAAAUGGCAACUAAGCCCAUUUGUAUUGAGGAGGGAACUGCCUUUUAAUCUUGGUUUUGUUUUUAUGAUAGUGUAAACAGGUUUGGGGUUUUCUUUUCUUAGGCUCCCAAAUAUGAAAUAAGGCACUAAGCUAACAAGUGAAAUGAGGAACAAAUUCAGC